GCGUACUUGGACACGCCGGGCUCUCCCGGAAGACCCUGUGGACCGAGGCGGAAACGGAAACCAGUUUGGAGGGCGAGAAGUAGUCGCGGCGUGUGGAAGUUGAGGCCCCUUGGAGACCAGGUCCCGGUCGCGCGGCCCCUAGGCGUCCCACAUGGCGGUCCGAGCGUCGUUCGAGAACAACUGUGAGAUCGGAUGCUUUGCCAAGCUCACCAACUCCUACUGCCUGGUGGCUAUCGGAGGAUCGGAGAACUUCUACAGUGUGUUCGAGGGCGAGCUCUCCGAUACCGUCCCCGUGGUGCACGCGUCCAUCGCGGGCUGCCGCAUCAUCGGGCGCAUGUGUGUGGGGAACAGGCACGGACUCCUGGUACCCAACAAUACCACUGACCAGGAAUUGCAGCACAUUCGCAACUGCCUGCCAGACUCGGUGCAGAUCCGACGGGUGGAGGAGCGGCUCUCAGCUCUGGGCAAUGUUACCACCUGCAAUGACUAUGUGGCCUUGGUUCACCCAGACCUGGACAGGGAAACAGAAGAAAUUCUGGCUGAUGUACUCAAGGUGGAAGUCUUCAGACAGACAGUUGCUGACCAGGUGCUCGUAGGAAGCUACUGUGUCUUCAGCAAUCAAGGAGGACUGGUGCACCCCAAAACUUCAAUUGAAGACCAGGAUGAGCUAUCCUCUCUUCUUCAGGUCCCCCUUGUGGCGGGCACUGUGAACCGAGGGAGCGAGGUGAUUGCUGCAGGGAUGGUGGUGAAUGAUUGGUGUGCCUUCUGCGGCCUGGACACAACCAGCACUGAGCUGUCCGUGGUUGAGAGUGUCUUCAAGCUGAAUGAAGCCCAGCCGAGCACCAUUGCCACCAGCAUGCGGGAUUCCCUCAUUGACAGCCUCACAUGAGUCACCUUUUAUGCUGUUCUGCCAGUGCCUGCAUCUGGACUUUGGCUCUCUAUUCUUGCCUUGGCUAGUCUAUACCAGAUGCUGGCAGGGAGGUGUGGCAGAGAAGUCAAUGGAACUGAGUGACUGAGCGCCCAGCCCUUCUUCACUUGUGCCAUCUCUUGAAUCUUGUUACUCAGAAACCUGCCAGGUCAUGCUGGCUCGUCAGUCCCUGUGGCUCCUAGAUGAGAGUUCUGCUGGCUUUUGCCACCCCAUUAAAGGGUAUUAAAUACCUCUCAACCUUU